CUACCACUCUUUCUCAAAUGUCAACAAUGGCAGCCGAAGGAGAUUUUCUAAUGCGCUACCGAGCGGUGUCAAACAAACUGAAAAAGCGUUUUCUUCGGAAGCCUAAUGUCGCCGAAGCAAGUGAACAGUUUGGUCAGCUGGCCAAGGAGCUGAAACAGCAGGAUUGCCCUCAGUAUGCUGCCUUCUGUAAUCUAGCCAUGGCCCGGUGUGAACAGACGCUGUUCAAUGCUCCAGGAGAAGCCUUGGCUCUUACCGAUGCAGCCCGACUCUUCCUGGCCUCCGAACAGGAAACUAGGGCACUGAGAGCCCCCGGCUUUGAUGAGAACAUGCUGGCAGCAAUGAACUGCUAUAGUUUCGCCAUUAAGGUCUAUAUUGAGAUGAAUCAACCUGUUAUGGCGGCCAGUCUCUCACUGGAGCUUGGCAAUGCUCUGAAGGAGAUGAACAGACCUGGUGAGGCGAUAGUUCAUUUCCAAAGAGCUGCAGAAUUGCAGAUUCAGACUCCGAUUGAGUCCCUGCUGUCGCUGUGGGAGAUGGCCUUCUGCAAAAUACUGACCCGUGAUUAUGAUGGUGCUCUUGCAGUGUUGUCUGAGAUGCAGCUUAUUUGUCAGGAGAGAGGACUACAGCUACCUGGGACCAACACCCCUGUUGGGGCAUUUAUGGAUAUCAUCGCAAAGUGUGAAAUUUCUAGAGUAUUACUGCUAAUGCUGCUUGAGCCUCCCCCUCAGAAGCUAUUACCCGAGCAUGCUCAAACACUAGAACGAUACGCCUGGGAAUCAUUCGACUCGCACAGUCAGGUAAACUUCCUCCCAGAAAAUGUGUUCCUCCUCCUACAGUCAGUUGUGAUGGCCUGCCAGGAGAAGGAUACAGAAUCUCUGAAGGCUCUCCAGACAGAACUAUGGCCUCUCCUUUCAGCAGAACAGAAUCAUCUCCUCCACUUAGUGGUUCAGGAGAGAAUUACACCCUCUGGUCAGGGCAUAUAAUUCAGUCCCUUUCACCCCCAGACACAAAACAAGCAUUGUUGGAACAGUCCUAUGCCAGUGCCUGGUGCAUUUGCAUGAGGACUGUAGGUCAGAGGACCUAGUACAACAGUACUGUAUAUACACAUGUGAAAACAGAUUUUCCUCUAUUGACAUGCUUAACUGUCAUGUCUCAGAAUUGUUGCUCAUAGAAACUGGCUUCUAUGAAUACAUAAUUUUAUUCUUCAUUAAUAUUAUAUUUAAAAGCAGAAAGAUUUUUGUUGUAUCUUAUUUAAAGUUGUAAAAUAUGAUUAAAUGUUGUAAAUAAAAUGACAAUAGAGAUUCUUAUAAUCAGGUUUUUAUUUGUGUGAUUACUAAAAUGAAUGUCCUUCUCUGUAGAGUUUACACUGUUUGGCUUUGCAUUAAAAAAAUUAAACUGAUUCUUCCCAUUGUCUGUCAAAUUGCAAAAUAAAAACACUUGUAGAACAGGCUGAAACUUUGGUUAAGCAAACAAAAUACAGUAAGCAGAAACUGUAAAUUAGACCUCCAUAUAACAAGGAGCUUCUUCCUUGAGAGAAUAUUGAAUUGUUUUUUUUACUCCCAUUAAAAUUUCAUUAUGGCACUUGGAGGAAAAAAAUAAAUAAAAAUUAAAGAUUCUGAAAGCCGAACUCAUUUGGAACAUUCUGUGCUAUAGAAUCAAUCAUAGGUGUCAUCUGACCACACAAACGUCCAUCAUAUUCAUGCUAAUCAAAAUUGUUGGCAUAGCAACAGGGCCCAUGACGUUAUCAAUGUAAACUUUCUGCACCUUGAGUUGUGCAAGUCACAGAAAUAGUACUGUAAAUAUCAUGACAUGACUCUACAUUACAGAGGACUGGGCAGGAAUUAUUUUUCUGAAUUAGUUUUGCAUUCCCUUGCAAUACAUAUACCAUAGUUUUUCUACAGUCAAAUUUAAAGGGAUAGUUCACUCAAAAAUAAAAAUUCUCUCAUUUACUCGCCCUCAUCCCAUCAGAUGAGUAUGAUUUCCUUUCUUCUGCUGAACACAAAUGAAGAUUU